GAGCCUGCAAGCGGCCUCCAAUGACUGUCGGGUUUGGCCGGGAGACGCUCUCGCGGCGAGUUUGUGUGAGCGGGUGAGGCCAGAGGAGCUGUAAAGAGGAGGAGGAGGCGGUUAAAAAAUGGCGGAUUUUCUGAAAGGCUUACCAGUGUACAAUGAGAGCAACUUCAGCCGAUUUCAUGCAGACUCUGUGUGCAAAGCCUCAAACAGACGGCCCUCAGUUUACCUCCCCACAAGAGAAUACCCUUCAGACCAAAUCAUAGUAACAGAAAAAACAAAUAUACUCUUGCGUUACCUUCACCAACAGUGGGACAAAAAGAAUGCUGCAAAGAAAAGAGACCAAGACCAGUUAGAAAUAGGGGAGACAUCUGCCCCUCCACGAAAGAUUGCUCGGACAGACAGUCAAGAAAUGAAUGAAGACACAUAGGAGCCACUUCAAAUCCUUUUCAUCAACUUUCCAGUUCACGUCUCAGUUUUGUCCUCCCCAUUACAGCACAGGAUCACCCUGUAUUGUGGCUGGGGGGUAUCGCAGCCUUUUUUUCCUGAAUACAUCCCACUUCUGUUCGGAUCUCAUAGGAGCCAAAAUUCUAUUUAUUUCUUCCAGAUUUUAUUUAUGCUGUGCUGAAACUCGUUUGGAGAACAGGUGGUGUUGACAUAGUUUCCCCUCUCCCCAAAUCCUGUUUUUUUUUUUUUUUUAUAACUAGAUCGCCUUGCCCGCAACUCACCACAAAGGAGUGCAAAUGUUUUUAACUUCAUUUGUCCUGGUAAUGCUGGACUCUGCUUUAGCCUUUUUUUGCUGCCACAAUGGCUGUGACCAAGUGCAGCCAAGGUUUUGCUGGCAGUCGGUGGAUUCAUUUAUGUUGUGUUAAGGUUGCAAGAAACUGGUUUGCUAUCAGUUGCUGGUAAAAUCUGCUUCAGCUGAGUUUAAGAAUGUUUUGCAGGUGCGUAAUUGACAACACUCGGCCACAGUUGAUUUUAGGAAGGUUAAAGUUCAUUUGCAUGCAGUAUUUUGUUUUUUAUUACACUGUUGUUCUCCCAAGCAUCGGAAACUGUGUGUUUAUAAAGGAUAUUUUCGUCUGCAGUUUAGAAAGACCAUGCCAUUUUAAUUAAUCGUUGGCUAGUCUGUUUUGACCGUUUUCUUGCUCCCUUUUCCCCACUCAAGACUUAAGUAGUGACUGAUGUGCCAUAACAGGGUUUCACAUUCUGUUUCAGAGAUCUCUGCAUGACCAACGUUAUUUUUUUGUGAAGCAUUGGACUUUGUAUAGCUAUCUUAGAGUUACCUCUACACUGCGUCAUCAACCGAGAGCCUUUGUGUUUGUCUACCCAGUGGUAUCACUAGCUUAACGAAGAAGUUGGAUAUGCUCUCUGAUGGAGACGGUUAACAAUUGUAACACGUGGACACGUUGUAUAAUCACCUGGAUGAUUACCAGUACAGUAACAUGGGAUUUCAACUACAUGGCUUGCAUCCCAGCUAAA